AUGUCGGGCGCUCACAUUCCCGGCAACCGGAAUAGCACCCCCGAGGUGAACAGCGAUAAGCUGGCGCAACAGUGGCUAGCCGACAUUGACCAAUACGAGACUACUCUAGAGGAGAUGGCCGCGGCUACCCUCGAUCAGGAUUUUAAGGAUGAGCUUAGUGCUAUUGAACAGUGGUUCCGUGUCCUGAGCGAGGCCGAGAGGACUGCUGCGCUCUAUGCGCUCUUGCAGCAGACUACCCAGGUCCAGAUCCGAUUCUUCAUCCAGGUUCUCCAGCAGAUGGGCAAGAACCAUCCCAUGUCUGGUGUCCUAUCCCCCACCGGCUUCGACAAGGAUCCCAUGUCCAACCGCCUCAAUGACGCUAUGAGCAAGCUGAACGUCGAGUCGGCACGAAACUCCAUUGUUCGUCCUUCGGCGACUGCCGGCAAGAGGCAGUCCGGCCUCGAUCCCUCAACCAUCAAUGCCAUGUUCCCUGAUGCCGCGGCGGCCAUUGCCACGGAGAAGGCCAAGUUCACCCAGCAGACCGGUAACCCUCCUGCUUCGAACCGCAACAGCACCAUAGCUGGUCCUUCCGAAUCGGAUUCGAACGUGCAGAACCCCACCUCGCCAUGGGCGCUCUCCCCGAUGUUGCAUGGUCAACACCCCAUGGUGGCCAACUUCAACACCCCGCAAGCCAACACGCAGGCCGACAUGGUGGCGAAUGCGACCGCGAUGAAACUCGCAGCUCUCUCUACCGUCAAUAACCGCUUUGCCCUUGACGAUGUCCGAAAGUACCGUAAGACGCGGCCGAACGACGCCCAAGGAGCGAGCAACCCUCCCGGGCUGGGACCCAACCCACAAGGUGUCAACCUACCUAGUGCCAACGUAGUUAUGAUUAACGAGCACGGCCAGGUUGUUAGCCGUGAACACAUGAUUGCUCUCCAGACGCAGCAGGGGCUAUCUCUCGGAUCACUCGGACAUGGCGCGCGGCAGGUCGCCCCGUGGAAGGCGCGGAAACUCGAAGCCCCCGAGGAUCCUACGGACCCUAGUCUGCUCCAGGACAUCCCUGCCUGGCUCCGUAGCCUUCGUCUACACAAGUACACUGACAACUUGAAGGAGUUGAAGUGGACGGAGCUCGUCGAACUUGAUGACAAGGCCCUCGAGGAUCGCGGUGUCAACGCCCUAGGUGCUCGUAGAAAGAUGUUGAAGGUUUUCGAGCAGGUCAGGGAAGCCAAGGCCGAAGGCAGGCUCUAA